AUGCAGCCAACGCAGCUCUUCCUCCUCCUCGCGGCCCUCGUCGCCCCGCUUGCGCUAGCCGCACCCGUCCGACCCCCCACCGCUCCCGUUCCCGUCUCUGACAUCCUCUCUGAUCUUCCCAAUAUCGAAAUCCACGACCCCCCUGCGGCGCGACACCACCAGAACGGCGCCGAGCAAGACGAGGCUGACGGUGUCGGCGAGCACAAACGAGACGACGGGUUGGGAGAUGAGAAUGACAAGUGGGGUCUACGGGCGGCGCGCGCAGGCGCUAAAGUCAAAAGGGAUGACUCUGUCGACGUCGACAGGGCCGUCAAGGAACUCAUGGACGGAGUAGCAAGUGCCAGGGCCAAUGCGGCACACGAUGCCCCCGUCCCUCGGGCGGCGGUGGCAGAGGAGAAUGGAGCGAUAAGGGACGGGGACGUCGAGUUGAUGCAUAAGCGGAGCAUACCGGUCGGGAGGCACUUUUCGGACAUGUGGAAGCUCAAGCGGAGGGGAGUGGUGACUGAGGAAGUGGGGGUGCAUCGGGUGGAGAGCAGGGGUGAGGGUGGAGCGGGGGCAGGGUUUGUAGGUGUGGAGGGCUAA